CCGAGAGCAUCGGGAUAUCUGCUGCUUCUCGAGAUGCCGACAGGCCUUUUCCACGAUGCGUAGGAGUUCGCGCGGUUCACCACAGAGCAUUGAAUUCAUGCGUUGAUCUCGUUGCUUCGGUUUCCGCACCCAAAUACAGAAACAAUGGACAUUGUGCAGGCGGCGGCCGGCUAUGUCACCAAGAUGGUGUCGGCCGGCGACAGCGCCACGGGUGCGCCGUCGGCCAAGAUGAAGAUCUUGCUGCUGGACAGGGAGACGUUGCCCUUCAUCUCAACCGCCGUCACGCAGUCGGCCCUGCUCAACCACGAAGUCUACCUCAUGGACCGCCUCGACAACCCGAACCGCGAGAAGAUGCGCCAUCUGCGCUGUCUGUGCUUUGUGCGGCCGCACCCUGACACUAUCGGCCUGCUCAUCGACGAGCUGCGCGAGCCCAAAUACGGCGAGUACCAUCUGUUCUUCAGCAACGUGGUCAAGAAGUCGACCCUGGAGCGCCUGGCCGAGGCAGAUGACCAUGAGGUGGUCAAGCUGGUCCAAGAGCACUUCCUCGACUAUGCCGUCAUCAAUCCGGAUCUGUUCUCCCUCAACUUGUCAUUGCCCAUGCACCGGAUAUGGAGUGGCAACCCGGACACCUGGAACACGGAUUCGCUGCAGCGGGCCACCGAGGGUGUCAUCGCCGCCCUCCUCAGCCUCAAGAAGAAGCCGCUGAUUAGGUACCAGAAGACCAGCCCUCUGGCGAAGAAACUGGCUUCCGAAGUGCGCUACUACAUGACCCAGGAGGACCAGCUCUUUGACUUCCGCAAGACAGACACCCCCCCAAUCCUCUUAAUAUUGGACAGGAGAGGCGACCCCAUCACGCCGCUGCUCAUGCAAUGGACGUACCAGGCCAUGGUGCACCAUCUGCUCGGCAUCAACAACGGCAGGGUCGACCUCAGCAAUGUGCCCGACAUCCGGCCAGAGCUUAAGGAGAUUGUCUUGUCUCAGGAUCAAGACCCUUUCUUCAAGAAGAACAUGUACCUGAACUUCGGCGAUCUGGGAAGCAAUAUCAAGGACUACGUCGAGCAGUACCAGUCCAAGACCAAGAGCAAUGCCGACAUCGAGUCGAUAGCCGACAUGAAGCGCUUUAUCGAAGAGUAUCCCGAAUUCCGGAAGCUCUCGGGGAACGUGAGCAAACACGUCACGCUCGUGUCGGAGCUCAGCAGGCGGGUUGGCGCCGAGAAUCUUCUCGAAGUGAGCGAACUCGAGCAGAGCAUAGCCUGCAACGAGAACCACGCGGCAGAUUUGAGGAAUAUCCAAAAACAGAUCCAAUCACCCUCCGUCACCCCCGAAAACAAAGUCUCCCUCGUCGCCCUCUACGCGCUCCGCUACGCUAAACACCCUUCCAACUCCCUCCCCAUGCUCACCGACCUCCUCACCGCAGCCGGCGGCGUCCCCGCCCGCCAAGCAGCCCUGGUCUCCAAGCUCCUCACCUACCACCACUCCCUCCAGCAGUCCGCCGCCACGACCGGCGGCAUCACGGAGCUGUUCGAGUCGGCCGGUCUUUUCAGCUCCGCCGGGUCCCGCUUCAAGGGCCUCAAGGGCGUCGAGAACGUCUACACGCAGCACUCGCCGCUGCUGGAGACGACGCUGCAGCAGCUGGUCAAGGGCAAGCUGCGCGAGACCCAGUACCCGUUCGUCGAGGGCGGCGGGACCACGCGGGACAAGCCGCAGGACGUGGUGGUCUUCAUCGUGGGCGGCGCCACGUACGAGGAGGCCAAGAUGGUCGCGGGCAUCAACGCGUCUACGCCGGGGGUGAGGAUCGUGUUGGGAGGCACGACGGUGCAUAACGCGGCCACGUUUAUGGAGGAGGUGGAGGAUGCGGUCGGGAGUUGGCCCGAGGUCGGCGGCGCUGCAGGGAGGAGGCGAUGAGCUGGGAGGGACAUAGUGCGAGUAGGUAAUUGAGAGGGGAAUGGAAAUUUGGUUUAUGUAUUGAACAAGACCAAGACCCGUGAUGAUUGCACCCUUCACCGUGG